AUGUCUAAAUAAAACUUAAGCAACUACAUCAAAUUUUUAAAUCAUAUCACAGAUUUAGAGCAAAAAGGUCUCAUUUCUUCAAAACAAAAACAUCUUUUGAAAAUGAAUCUCAAAACGAAAGAAUAACUAUUAGAAAAAUUGAUUUGCUCUUUUGAGGAUGAGCACAAUAACUAAAAUGCUAUAUUUUCAUAUUUAAAUGUAAUAGAACCAAAAACUCGGGCUAGAUGUCACUCUUCCUAGGAAAAUGAAGCUCCAUUAAUGUUUAGAAAUAACCAUAACACUCAUUCAUAAGUUACUUCUUUUAAUGAGUCCAGAUUGAUUGCCCAUUUGGAUGAUCUUAAUGAUGAAUUAAUGAAUAUUUGGCAAUCAGAAUCAUAGCUGGUAAGAUUACAUUAAUGACAUCUAGCUCUUUAAUCAAGAAAUAAAUGAAAAAUUAAAAAAAGUUGGAGAAUUAAUAGCAAAAACUGCUACUUCAACACCUUGUGGAUCUUAAAAACAAGUCAUUAAUGCUAUUGAAACCCUAUCCAUUAUAGAUGGUCUUAAAUAACUUUAUAAAGACUUGAAAGUAAAAAUUGAUUUUUAUUAAAGCAACAUUUUAAUGAUUAUUUACGUUGUCAUAUUUUGUUGAUGGAUAAUUAAUUCACUACUUAGAAUUUGUAUAAAAUGUUAAGAGCUUUUAUGAAAAAUUUAGUAGAUGCGGAUGAAGUUACAUUCAUUAUAAANUAUCAUACGAACUAUAAACUUAAAUAAUAAAGAAGUUGA